CGCCGCGUCCGCCCGCCGCCAUGCGGUUCCGCUUCGGGGUGGUGGUACCGCCCGCCGGGCCCGGGCCCGGGCCGGAGCUGCUCGUCGUGGGGUCGCGCCCCGAGCUGGGGGCCUGGGAGCCGCGCGGCGCCGUGCGCAUGAGGCCGGCGGGCACGGCGGCGGGCCCCGGGGCGCUGGCGCUGCAGGAGCCGGGCCUGUGGCUCGGGGAGGUGGAGCUGACGGCCGGAGAGGCGGCGCAGGACGGGGCGGAGCCGGGCCGCGUGGACACCUUCUGGUACAAGUUCCUCAAGAGGGAGCCGGGAGGAGAGCUCGCCUGGGAAGGCAAUGGGCCUCACCACGACCGUUGCUGUACUUAUAAUGAAAACAACUUUGUGGAUGGUGUUUAUUGUCUCCCAAUAGGACACUGGAUCGAGGCCACUGGGCACACUGAUGAGAUGAAGCACACAACAGACUUCUAUUUUAAUAUUGCAGGCCACCAAGCCAUGCAUUAUUCAAGAAUUCUACCAAAUAUCUGGCUAGGCAGCUGCCCUCGCCAAGUGGAACAUGUAACCAUCAAAUUGAAGCAUGAAUUGGGGAUUACAGCUGUAAUGAAUUUCCAGACCGAAUGGGAUAUCGUACAGAAUUCCUCUGGCUGUAACCGCUACCCAGAACCCAUGACUCCGGACACUAUGAUUAAGCUCUAUAAGGAAGAAGGCUUGGUCUACAUCUGGAUGCCGACACCAGACAUGAGCACUGAAGGCCGCGUGCAGAUGCUGCCACAGGCCGUGUGCCUGCUGCACGCGCUGCUGGAGCGCGGACACUCGGUCUACGUGCACUGCAAUGCGGGCGUGGGCCGCUCCUCGGCCGCCGUGUGCGGCUGGCUGCGCUACGUGCGGGGCUGGCCGCUCCGCAAGGUGCAGUACUUCCUCAUGGCCCGGAGGCCGGCCGCCUACAUCGACGAGGACGCCUUGACCCGGGCGGAGGAAGACUUCUUCCAGAAAUUUGGGAAGGUCCGCUCUUCCCUGGGCGGCGUGUAGGGGGCCAUCUGCCUCCGGAGGGAGCCGGG